AUGAACAUGUAUUCUUCUGAAAUAUUGGCCGCUCCCCGUCCUGUCCGCCUCAGCGCUUUCUCGCACCACGCUUCUCCCGUUGCUUUUCGUAUUACAUCUCCCACCCUGACCGAGCGAAAGUCAGCAUCGCCUAUUGACAACCAAGAUGCCGGAAGACUCUCCCCGCUCACAUCUGACAUCUCGAACCGCUCCCCUCGUUUGUCUCCAAGGCCAAACUCGGAAGCCCUCGAGGAGUUCCUGUCAAUCCUCCGCCCUGCUAUUCCAGCUUUGUUCGCGCCACUGCCUCAAUCUCCCGUCGCACGUGCCCGCCGCUUCCUUCAGAACAGCUUCGCUGAGCGCCAGCUUAAUUACCACGACCGGUCAUUAAGCCUGACUACCAGCGCCGAUAACAUCGUGCGCGAAGGCGCCCGCACGCCGUCCAAGUCGCCCAGUGUGCGUUCCCCGAGCUCUGUGGGCGAUGAGAACGAUGAGAUGGCGCCUCUUCGUCUCAUGUCAGCUGGCCCUCACGGUGAGAUAACUUCUUCCAUGGACGGUCGGCCCUAUCACCGGCCGCCCGGCGGCCUUGAACCUUCGGAUGGCAGACUCAGAUUGCUUACCAUCUCUGCUCUCUGA